CAAGGAUAAGGUAGGGACCAGCGGCUACUUAUGUUUAACUUGACAAAUUUAUCUAGAUUUUAUCAUCGCUUGGCUAUCCUAAACAAAUGGCCACCUUCUCUGGUUCUUCCCCAUUUCUCUCCCACUCCCUAACAAGACCAAGCCACUUUUCUUCUUCUUCUUCAUCAUCACAAACGCCUCCUCCUGUUCCUCCACAAAAUCUGCCUUCACAACCACAUUCUCCAACACCAAUUCAGCAGCUCAGCACAGCUUCAUCGGAGCAGCCGAAAACGCCAGUCUCAGUAAAAGCAGAGCAACAGAAAGCUGCCUCUUCUAGCAGCACCACCAAGAGCACCAAGACCAAGGCUGACUCUACAGAUUGGAUAGCUUCCACGUUAACCAGGCGGUUUGGGAUUGGAGCUGGCCUUGCCUGGGCUGCCUUUCUCACAGUGGGCGUGGUCUCUGAACAAAUUAAGACCCGCCUUGAAGUCUCCCAACAAGAAUCAAACACAAGAAAUGUUGAGAAAGAAGAAGAGGUGGUGCUACCUAAUGGCAUAAGAUACUACGAGUUAAGAGUUGGUGGGGGGGCUUCUCCAAGGGCAGGAGACUUGGUGGUGAUCGAGCUCAAGGGGAAAGUGGAAGGCAGUGGACAAGUGUUUGUGGAUACAUUUGAGAGAGAGAAGAAGCCUUUGGCUCUGGUAGUUGGGUCCAGGCAGCCCUACAGCAAGGGAGUGUGUGAAGGGAUAGAAUAUGUGCUCAGAUCCAUGAAGGCAGGGGGCAAAAGAAGAGUGCUUGUUCCUCCAAGCUUGGGCUUCGGUGAGAAUGGUGCAGACUUAGGUCCUGGUCUGCAAAUUCCUUCGUUUGCAACUCUAGACUACAUUAUUGAGGUCGAUAGAGUCUCUAUUGCACCCGCAUGAUCAUAUUCAUAUUCUUGUCUUUGUUAAUUGUAUAUUAUUUUGAUUAUCGAGAUCGAUGAAGAAAUUUGUAAUAGAUUUUGUAUUUUAUGGAACACAUGAAUGCAUUUGUAUUUUCAUUGAGAAAGAA